GAAGUAUACGCGAGGUCUGUGCAGAUUCUCCAAUAUUCUCCAAGCUGGACCGGUGAUUGGUUGUACACAGAUUCGGAUCUCCAUUAACCCUCAACGCAAGUGACGUGAACGUGACACAGUAGUCAGGAAUUGCUUAGCGUGUAGAUGGCAACUGCAUCGGAUAAUCAAAACCAAAACAUUUUUGAUCCAGGAGAGCACCAGCAUUUGCGCUACAACCCGCUGCGCGGCUCCUGGGUCCUCGUGUCCGCCCAUCGCAUGAAGAGGCCCUGGAAAGGGCAAGUGGAGAAACAAUCCGAGGACGAUGUGCCGCGACACGACCCCACCAAUCCGCUCUGCCCCGGUAACCGGAGGGCCAACGGGGAGGUGAACCCUGACUAUGACAGCACCUUCCUGUUUGAUAAUGACUUCCCCGCUCUCCAGCCAGAUGCCCCAGAUCCUGGUGUCCAGGAUCACCCUCUUUUUCAGACAAAAGCUGCCAGAGGCGUUUGCAAGGUGAUGUGUUUCCAUCCCUGGUCUGACAUCACCCUCCCCUUGAUGGAGCUCUGCGAUAUCAGAAAAGUGAUUGACAAGUGGGCGGAGCUCAUUGAGGAGCUGGGUGCUGACUACCCGUGGGUGCAGAUAUUUGAGAAUAAAGGAGCCAUGAUGGGAUGUUCGAACCCUCACCCGCACUGUCAGGUUUGGGCCAGCAGCUUCCUCCCAAACGAGCCGAGCCUCGCGGACCGCUUCCAGAGGGAGCACCUCAAGGAGCACGGGGAGGUCAUGCUGGUGCAGUACGCCAAGAUGGAGGCCGAGAGACGGGAGCGCGUGGUGGUGGAGAACGACGACUGGAUAGCCGUGGUCCCGUACUGGGCCACCUGGCCUUUCCAGACCCUGCUGCUUCCCCGGAGGCACGUGCUUCGCCUGACGGACCUCACCGCGAGUGAAAGAGAGGGACUGGCAUCCAUAAUGAAAAGGCUCCUGACCAAAUAUGACAACCUCUUUGAGAUAUCCUUUUCCUACUCCAUGGGCUGGCAUGGGGCGCCCACUGGAGCCUUCCUGAAGGAGGACAUGGGGCACUGGCAGCUCCACGCGCACUACUACCCCCCGCUGCUGCGCUCGGCCACCGUGCGCAAGUUCAUGGUGGGGUACGAGAUGCUGGCGCUGGAGCAGAGGGACCUCACGCCAGAGCAGGCGGCGGGGAGAUUAAGGAGCUUGCCGGAGGACCACUACAAGGCCGGGGAGAGAAGAGGAGGAGGAGGAGGAGGAGGAGGGACGGCCGGAGGAAAGGGGGAGUGAGCCGGGAUUACCCGAUGGACGGCGGAGAUAAGACGCGAGCUUCCCUCAGGGGGUCCUUCAGGGGGUCGCUCCGGUAUGAUAACAGCCGACGAUUAUCCCACGGACGGUAAAGAUAAAGACUUAACGAAGAACGUCGUGCGUUCUCCCAUUCGCCUAUCGAUUUGUUGUGAGCGAUGGGCUUUACACGGACAUACAUCUGAAAGGCAAAGUUCUUCUGUGGUACCGGGGUACCUUCCUGGGUGAGGCCCAUUUGACAUCCAUGUAAAUGAAGUGUGUAAUUACUAAGUUUCCCCCCGGGGAGACAUAUCCAGGGCAUUUUCACUGCCGCUGGGGGGAGAAGAUGUUGCAAGUGGGGUCGAGAGGGAAAAUAAAUUUGUGAAAUGUGUCACGGGUCACUGCGCGAGACUCAUUUUGGAAGGACAAAAUGCUGUGAGCCGGCAUGCCUCGAUCAUCAGCAAAAGAAACAAAAUGGCCGAACCUUCGAAUUUAUGCAGUAUUUUCGCACAGGCAAAAUCAAAAUGACAAUGCUGUUGCACCCCAUUUAAAUAUUAGUACAAUAAAAUCGACAAUGCUAAACAAAGGAACUGUUUCUCUCUCUGUAGCCUAAUGACUGCCUGGGCAGUUACAUGCUUGGCGUCCCUCUCCUUAUGCUUUCCAUUGGAACCAGUCUUUGCUUACCGACACUGUGUGUUGGAAAUUUAAAAUUUGUCAUUUGUACUUGGCUGUCAAGCUACACUGUCUCGACACUUGAAUAAUCACAUUUCUGCUCCUCACCAUAGGGACGCUGUUUAACGCUAACAGAUCGGCCUAGUACUUUCAUUCAGUGGUUUAUCUGUCAUGUGAACAAACAAAGCUUCUUGGUCUUAGGUUUGGCACCGAUGCGUGGAUAUGUCGCAGUCUGUUUAAGCCCUAAUUUAUUAAUCUGGUCUCAAGGUGUUGACGAGACAGGGAAGGAAGAAUGCAUUGUUCUUCUCCCAAUUUGGAAAGCUCGGUCGUAUUCAAAAGGCUCGGUCUUUGAAUUCAACGUCUGCAAGCAGUUCGGGGGAGUGCUGCUAAGUACAGGCUGUCCUCCAAGAUGUGUGAUGUCAGCUGCCAGUUCUUUUCUCAUCGCAGUCCCAAGAAUAGACGCGGGAUGGAGAGAGACACUUCAUGUGCAGCUUGACCAAGUAAAAUGUUGGCCCUCGUUUGACCAGCAGGGGACGCUGUUCAGCAGUGGCUGAAUCCCAUCCACACACUGGAAGAGUGUCUUAACAGGAUGAACUAUCCUGCAACUCUUGAAGGAAAGAAAUUAAACACAUUCAAAUCCUCAAUGAGCCAGUAACCUACAGAUUGUGGGUGGGCAUCCUGAGGCUAAAGGGUGAGAACUGGCCAUACUGUUGACUAGUGUGGGCCAAUCAGCAGGGUGUAUAUUGGAAGGUCUCAGUAGACUGAAAAGUGGGAGUGACUUGUGGCAGUGUGCUUUGAAGGAAACAUGUGGUAGUAUGCUAGAAGAAAAAGCAGGAAUUGAUAAUCGUUAUUGCUAUGUUCAAAUGAAAAAUAUUGACUGUUCAGCUGUCUCUGCAAAGCAGGAUCUAUUGAUUUAUUAUUGAAUAGCACCAUCUCUUGGCGGUAGGUUUUCACUCUAAUAAUGCAUGGACAAUCAAUUACUAUUACUAUUGGAGGUCUAAUGAAGAUAUUGUCUUUAUUAUAGGUAGAUAUGGAGUUUCCAAUGUAGGGGUGGUGUCACUUUCGAUUUGAUUUGGUCAAUUUUUUCAAUGCUAAAUGCGGGUUGUAUUUUAUGAAAUUGUGUUGCCUGAUUGGGUAUUGUUACCAGACCGCUCUGGGCUCAGCCCGACAUUAUGGAAUUGUCAGUGCGUUCUCUAAUAACAGGAACACACAGCAUCUGUGUGAUCUUAGGCCCGAUGCUGUGCGUCUCAUACACGCUACGUUGACAUAGUGAAAGUAUGUACUUAUGUCUUAUCGUGUCUCAGUACUGUAUUUACUGUUUGAUGAAUUCUGAGGUUAUUACGUGAAGUAUGAAUCAACACCAGUGCAUUUAAAUUUGCUUUAUGUACAGGAAGUAUACAGAAGUCGUGCGAAAGAUUGCACUUAGACUUAUUGAUUUGUCUCUUUGAUAUUACACAAAAUUUAAAGAAAUCAAGAGAGGUAUAAUAUGAAAAAAAGAGGUAUCAAAAGAGAUAUAAUAUAGCUUUCCUGUAUCAAUUUGGCGCUGCUUUAAGACUUCAGUCAAAUGACUUAUUUGUGCACAGUGUAUAAGGCCUUUAUUUAAUUACCAUGUGUGUUAAAACAAGUCUUUUGACUUAAAAAUGUUAAAUGAAAAUGGAUAAUUGAAUUUGUUGAAAUAGAUGAGAACAGACUAGAUAUCUUGUUGCAGUUAAAUGCAUCACCAGAAUGUAGAUUAUUUAAAGCCCAUGCAAUACAUCCUUGGCUGACAGCAUUCUGUAAUAGUGUGUUAUCUGUCUGUGCUUUUUAAGUAUGAAUAUGUAACAUAUCAUGCCUUUCACAUGUAUAAUUGGAGCAUUGUUCCUUUUAUUCAAGAAUCUAAUUUUACUAUUUUGUUUUUA